AUCAGUACUUGGGCACAGCUUCUGAGCUCAACGGCGGAUCGGUGGCUAACGCAAUUUUGACACUUCGUGGAGAUAUAAGGAUUCGGAAGUAAUAUUGUUCUAUUGGCUCGGUGGUGAAAUUUCAUGAGAACCAUGUUUACAGAAGCAAGCUUAAGAUAUGUUUGUCUUAUGUUUUUAAAAUCCAAGCUUGACCUUCCCAUUUUGCUUUCGCGCCGGUGCCCGACUUGUUCAUUGCCUUUGUAAUUUUAUGUUUCGGUUAAGAGGUAAGAUCGAGGGUAGCUAUGCGGGAAACCUUGAGGAAGAAAGAAAUGUUUUUGCUUUUGGAAUUCGAAGGGUAAAAUCGCAGCAAUCAAGAGGUAGAAUCUUCAUACUUUAGUUGGAAUAUAGAGCUGGGGAGAAAGGCAAGGAGGCUUGUGGAGGAAUGGAGAGUGGGAGUAGUGUUAGCGGUAUUAAUAACAUAGAUAGCAAUGAGGGAAAGUAUUUUCAGGCAAUGCGGAUAGGGAAUCCAUUUACUUUCAAAGUGGGUCAAGUAUUUACGGGUUUUGGCAUCGGCUGUGGUGUAGGAAUCGGUGUUGGCCGCCCUUUAAAUUUAGGUGCUAUACCCAUGCUGAAUGAAGUAAUGAGUGCCACCAGAGGAGCAACUGAUGCAUUUUCUGGUGUUAGCAGACAUGUAAACAAUUCUUUGAGGAAGUUUGGAGCUAAAAAAGUUGAAGUGGGCAUUGGAUGUGGUUUUGGUUUUGGUCAUGGCUUUGGAGUUGGACUUGGUGUGAAGCCCGGGGUGUUGCAACAAAUUCAAACUAAUAUCAUAAUAGCAAUGACAAAGAUGAUGAUAAAGCUUGGAAUUGGCCCCAAACUGCCCUUUGGUCAGGGUGCGUUGCCAUCAUCCCUGCAAAGUAGCGUUGGCAUGAUCAAUGCAGUAUCAAACCUAUCAUCUAAGGGAAACAUGAUGAAUCUGGCAAGAAAAGCACUGGACCAAACAUCUCAAGGUCCAACAGGGUCUCAACCGAUGCAAAUCGGCUCAGUUUCUGAAAAUGUUCCAUUCAAAGGCAAAGCAGUUGACGCUACAUAUGGAAGUCGAACUGAGAAGGUUCUCAAUGAGUUUCUACAAAAUCCAUUAGUGAAGGGUGAGGGAGACGCAAAUGAAGAAGCGGCCACGCGAUUACAAUCGGAGAAUGACAUACUUAAGAUGGUUUUGAGGCACCAGAAAAUUAUUGAAGAACUGGUGGAGGAAAAUGAGAAGCUUCGUCAGAUACUAUUGGAAGAGCUGAAAGUACCAUCUGACAAGCUCAGUGCAAGCUCUUCAGUUAGAACUAAGUUGCCCUGUAUUGAUUGUAUUGAAUGCCGAAGAAAACAGAGAAAAAAGUAGGUUAACUCUUAAGAAGAAAUAAUGACCUUCUUAUGAAGUGCUUACCUUACCAACCAUUCCUGGUGAUGGAUAGCCUUUCAUGUUUUUGUCUUGGUGUGUACUUUGUAUUCCGCAAGGGUUUCUGAUCAUUGUUUAUUUGUUUGUUCGUUAUAAAUUCCAGGAGACGUAUAAAUCAUUGUAGCUUGUAGAAUGAAGAGAGAACGUUAUGUUAGAAGAGAUGUGUAACAGCAUAUAUUGGUCUAGUCCCUAAUCGAAAUUUUAGUUCUGUGUAAUUUAGUCUCUAUUGAGUUGUUUUAA